AUGAAACUUGUGACAGUCUCUGCUAUUUCUCUUAUCUUUUGCAUUGGUAUUCUGGCUGAGCCACCUUCUUUAUCGUCAUGGAAUCUGGCUUCAUACAUUAUUGGUAACAGUGAAUUUGUACAAAAGAACUUUCUUGACUCACCUUUGGAUUUCAAUGAAACAUUCCCAUGGAUAGAUGUAGAUCUUACGCUUGACGCUAAAGGGUCACAGUGUACUCAAGAUCUUCAAUCAUUAGCUCGAAGUCUAAUUACAAGACAAACAUGGGCACUGAAAACGCUGGAUGCAUGGGGUAAAUUUCCUAGUGGAGUCAUGCAAGGUAAUGUCUACUGGACCGGUUCAGUUCAGGAAUGUGCGCAUCUUUUACGUGGACUAAAUGACAGUGUCGUUGAGCAACCUUUUCGAACUCGUACUUGCGUAAUUGGUAACGGUCAUUCGUACAAUAUUCGACCUGUUUAUGGUAUUUGUGUGCCGAAAAGUUGUAGUGCAAAUGAUCUUGUUGUUUAUAUAAAUAGACGUACGAUCCGAAUUCCAUUUAUUCAACGAUAUGUUCAUUUGACAAAUGGCAGUAUUCGUUGCAUUGAUUCUCGUCCCUACGAUGCAAAAGCAACUUUAACCAUCGUUCUUCUAUCUCUCGUCGUAUGCAUGAUUCUGCUCUUUACUGGAAUGCACUUUGUCAUUGGACAUCAACUUCCACUACAGGACAGUCCGACGAUUCGAUCUGGAUAUGAAGCAAUUCCUGGUGAAACUAUAGCUACAACAACCAAUGCAGUCGAAGAACAAAGUGAACAAUCACCUCUAGUAGCACAAACACAGCAAUCCACUAAUACUACAAUUGGCGAAAGAAUAAUUAGUCACUGCUCACUGAUUAAUAAUUAUCGUACUAUGAAAAAUGCUGGUCAACCGGGGGCAUUGACUUGUUUGGACGGUAUUCGAGUUAUAUCCCUUUGCUGGGUUAUUCUCGGUCAUACAUUCGUGUAUGCUCUCUUCUACUCCGAUAAUGUAUUGGUCAUUUUCAAUUGGAUGCGCCAAUUUUGGUUCCAAAUCAUCGUUCAAGCUGCGUUUAGCGUCGAUUCAUUUUUCUUACUAAGUGGUCUACUCGUAUCGUUUCUAUUUUUUGUAUCUAAAGUUAAAGAUGAACGAUUUUCAAUGACAAGAUUUCUUGUUCACCAUUACAUUUAUCGCUACCUAAGAUAUACGAUAUUUUAUGCGAUUAUCUUGUUAAUCUAUAUUGCUUUAUCGCCAUAUUUGGGUCAGGAUGGUCCAGUGUAUCCAGAAAACGGUUCAGAAACAUUAUCAUGUCGACAUACAUGUUGUAUGCAGGUAUCAUGGUUUUUAGCAACAAACAUGCAACUUCAUUGGAUUGCACCUUUGUUUUUGCUGGCAGCAUCAUGGAAAUGGGUUUUUGGUAUGAUUGUUGCUUGUAUAUUCAUUACGAUCGAUAUUAUCACAACAUCAGUGAUCAUGUCAAAAAACAAUUACGAUCGAGGCAUAUUGAGUGAUUUCAAAUUGAAUCAGUCGAAUUCCUCUCACAGUUAUAUAAAUGAUGUUUAUAUCAAACCCUGGUGUCGUAUCGCUCCGUAUGCCGUUGGCUUACUACUUGGUCAUAUUCUUCAUGAAUUACAUCAACAUGAAGAUACACUCUCUUGGGAGUCAAUUUUACCGCGACGACGACGAUUGAUACGAUCCAAACGUUUCCAACAGAUUGUCGGUUGGGUCAUUGCCUUAACUAUCUUAGCAGUUUGCGUUUUUGGUACAUAUGGUGAUUAUAGUGGACAUCCGUUAACUCCUUCAGGACGAAUUGCGUUUCAUACUCUGGCGCGACUCGGCUGGGCCAUUGGAUUAAGUAUUAUUAUUGUCCUUUGCUACACGGGAUAUGGAGGUGUAGCGAAUAGAUUUCUUAGCCAUAGAAUAUUUCGCUUUCUGGCAAAAUUAACUUUCGGUGGUUAUCUGUGGCAUUCAUUAGUUCUCUUUGUUAGCUAUAUCGGCCGAGAUCAACCCGUUCAUUAUACAAUAACAAGCAUGUUAUUCAAUGCACCUAUAUACAUUCUCAUUUCGUAUAGUUUAUCAUUUCUUACUUUUCUUUUCAUUGAAAUGCCCGCAAUUCAAUUCUUGAAAACUGUAUUUCAACGUCGAACAAAUAGUCCUAAUUAG